CAGUGCUCAUCUCAACUGCAAUAACAACAAUGGCAUGGUAGUACCCAAAGGGUUUCUCAGUGGCCACUGCCUGUCCAACCUUCCCCCUCCAAUCAAAUCGGAAGCCUCCUACACAUCCGGCACUUUACCCGACUCUCCCCCAGACUCCGGAUCCGAAGCUUACUCCCCUCAGCAGGUGAAUGAUCCUCACCUUCUUCGAACUAUGACUCCUGAGAAUAUGUGUCAAGUUACUCCCCCUUCACGUCUUCCAGUGCACCCUGCCAAGAAGAGGAAACACUCGGAGUCACCAUCAAACACUCUCAAUGCCCAGAUGUUCAAUGGGAUGAUAAAACAGGAGCCAGGUACAGGAUCUGUGCCCCUCAACUCUGACAGAGUUCAGACACCUCCCUGGCAUCAGCAGGGGGCACUCUCCCCAGGACUGAUUCAGGAUAAUGACAGCUUGAAUAGCUCCUCCUACUUGGAUCCGAACUACCAAUCUAUAAAAUGGCAGCCACAUCAGCAGAACAAGUGGUCGACUCUGUAUGACGCCAAUUAUAAAGAGCUACCUAUGCCCACAUACCGAGUGGAUGCAGAUAAAGGCUUCAAUUUCUCUGUGGGAGACGAUGCUUUCGUGUGCCAGAAAAAGAACCACUUCCAAGUCACUGUGUACAUUGGUAUGAUUGGAGACCCCAAAUAUGUCAAGACUCCUGAGGGCCUGAAGCCACUUGAAUGCUUCUAUCUGAAACUGCAUGGGGUGAAGUUGGAAGCAUUAAACCAGUCAAUCAACAUAGAACAGUCUCAGUCGGAUCGCAGCAAGAGACCUUUUAAUCCUGUCAUGGUCAAUUUGCCACCAGAGCAAGUCACAAAGGUCACAGUGGGGCGGCUGCACUUCAGUGAGACCACAGCCAAUAACAUGAGGAAGAAGGGGAAGCCUAAUCCUGAUCAAAGAUACUUCAUGUUGGUUGUGGCUUUGCAAGCUCACUCUCAGAACCAGAACUACACUUUGGCUGCUCAUAUCUCAGAGCGCAUCAUUGUUAGACAAAGGGCCGGUUCGGGGGUAAAACACAAACAGAGGGCAGACGGGGACCCCGGAGUCUGCAGACAAGCUUCUAACCCAGGUCAAUUUGAGAGUGACAGUGAUGUACUUUGGCAACGGUCUCAGCUCCCUGACACUGUCUUUCACCAUGGCCGAGUUGGCAUCAACACAGACCGGCCUGAUGAAGCCUUGGUUGUCCAUGGCAAUGUAAAAGUUAUGGGAUCUCUUAUGCACCCAUCAGACAUCCGAGUAAAAGAUGAUAUCCAAGAGGUAGACACCACAGAACAACUGAAAAGAAUCUCCCGUAUGCGGCUGGUGCACUAUAAUUACAAGCCAGAGUUUGCUGCCACUUCUGGCUUGGAGAAUACAACUGAGACAGGUGUUAUUGCUCAAGAGGUGAAGGAAAUUCUUCCAGAAGCAGUAAAAGAUUCUGGGGAAAUAGUCUUUACCAGUGGGAAAACUAUUGAGAAUUUCCUUGUGGUGAAUAAGGAGCGUAUUUUUAUGGAAAAUGUUGGGGCUGUGAAGGAGCUUUGCAAAUUGACUGACAACCUGGAGAACCGAAUUGAUGAACUGGAGAGGUGGAGUCAUAAACUGGCAAAGCUCAAAAGGUUGGACAGUAUGAAGUCAACUGGAAGCUCUGGAGCGUUCAGCCAAGCUGGAAGUCAGUUCAGCCGUGCAGAAAGCAUACCGCAUAAAAAGAGGCCCCCCAAAGUGGCAGGCAAGACUCCCACACAAGGCGUCAAAGACCAAGCUUGCAUCAGUCAACGUUUUCUGCAAGGUACCAUUAUUGCUUUGGUGGUCAUCAUGGCAUUCAGUGUGGUGUCCAUGUCUACGCUCUAUGUGCUAAGCUACCGCAGUGAGGAAGACCUUGUGGAUAUCGAAGGCUCUUUUGCUGUGCCUACUUCUUGCCUUCUGGCUCUUUUUCAGCACAGAGGUCCUGGCGUCCCAGUUGCUCUCUGUCCAUGGUCCAGUCAGAAUAUAGAUAAAAAUAAGAUGACAUUUUCCACUACUGCAUCAUCAAAUACCCCUGACAAUGCUUCCCCUUCAGAGAAUGCCACAACCCAUGUACCUGACUUGUCCCCUGCCUUGCCUGCCUAUAACAUAGUAGUCUGUUUCGAUCCACCUUGUUUUUCUACCUGUUGCUCUUCUGUUCUCAACCACAUGUCUACUCCUGGACCUUCUGGGACCACUACAGUCGCCACCAACCGGAUAGACCAAAGUUUCGUGUCACUCCUACCAGUGACAAACAUCAAAGCCAAAUCAAGGGGGAUCACUGGCAAGACAGCUUCUCACACAAAGUGGCCAAAGACUGCUGACCGAUCACGAGGCUUUGGGGGUCUCAAUGCCAGCCCCUCCUCCCUUUUCACCAACAUCCAGGGCAAGUCCAAAUAUAUUGCCAACCGGCCCCUCACAUACAACAGCGUUCCUUCUGAUCGGGCAUCACGGCAGCGGCGGAGCAUCAGCCAACCAGAUGCUAAGGAGCCUGGCAUCGCAAGCACCAAGCCUAAUGAAACAGCACCUGUGCUCCAGUUUGUCUCACUGUUGGAGGCGAAUGUGGUCAUCUUACCCCAAGCCUGUGCUACAGGGGACGACUGCAGGACUGGAAAUACCACUUAUCGCAUUCCCAUCAGCAAAUUUACAUCAGUUAACACAAAUCUUACCUUGGAAAUGAAUGCUUCUUCUGCUGUAUCUGGCUAUCUUUGUAAUCUCACAUCCAAUAGUCCAUGUCUGCACACUGAAAAUGACCUAGACAGCUUGUCUAAUGCAACAGAUAUUCAGGGAUCAACAUACCGUUGGCCUGUGGUCAUGAUGCCAUUCCAGGAAUUCACUUACCACUUCCGAUUAGCUAGCCCUGGCCAAGCUAACUGCAGUACCCCUGUGGAGCAGAUGGGCUCUCUCUUUAAUGACUACUAUUUCCAAUUUUAUUGGCUCUGUGAAUGAGUCUCCGGAACACCUGCACCCUUUUGACCGAAGCAGAAAAACGAUGGGCUCCAAGACUCAUUUGACUGAAUACUCUCUUCAAAGAACACCACGCCCUGACUAGUUGCUUCUAAUCCCUUCCUUUGGGUCUGAGUUACUUUGGUUUCCUUCCUACCAGAGGGAUGUUAAUCUUAGAAUGUCAUACUUUGGGAAGGAAUAGUGCCACAAGCAAAACAAGGAAGUACAAAGGCAUUUUGUUUUCUUGAUUUGCUGUAGGAUGCUAGAAUUUAUCUGGCUCUUGAAUACACUGGAUUUUAAAAUUUUAGGCUUGACCAUGCUUGCGUUCAGUCUAUUUGGGCAUCUCAGAACUGAAAGAUAU